AUGAGUACCUCAUCCGAAUAUCUGGACCUGGAAACGUCUUUUGACAAGAAUGGGAUUUUCUCUUCAAUAACACACCACAAUGAAGUAGGACAAGUUUUCUUCUCCAAAAGAGUUGAAAUCUGUGAAAGAGAAGACGUCUUUUGCCAUGCUUCAGCUCUUGAGUAUCGUUUGGCUCUCAUAAAGAAGAAGUUUGCCCAUUUGGUGAUUGAGUAUCCUCCUCCUAAACAAUGUGCUGCUAAUUCUAAUACGGGAGACAUAAGAAAUCCGUUUUGUCUUACGCAAGUGUUGGAUGUCUUACGUCAAACCCACAAGCUCAUCAAAGAAAGCGCUUCUUCCUAUAAGUGGGUGGGUCUCUGUCUACGGACAUGGGAAAAACAGUUUGGGGAAGAAUUCAAAAAGUACAGAGUUUUUCGUACAAAAGUGGCUGCGGCCCAUUGGGCUCUCUUUGAUGACAUCAAAUAUGAUGGCAGUAUUGCUGAAGAUUCCUUUUAUCGUUCCCCUUUUAAGCUCCAGAAAGUAAUCGACAGCCGAGGCGAGAUCUUGGGCGAAGCAAAAAAAUUACAAGACCGCUUCAGGGUGUUUUUGAUGCAGACAGAAUCUUUGUAUGCUCAUUUCGACUAUGCCAGACGCUUGGACGGUCUCUUAGAUUUGAAUUAUGAGUACCUCUGUCAAAUCUCUUAUGAGGCUUGCUCGGAAUGUUAUCACCAAAAGCUCAAUGGCUCAACAAAUUACAGAUGUAUGCAUCAAGCGCAGUCGCCUAUUCAGAAAGCACUCCGAGCGGUGGUCCAGGCCCAUUUAUAUUCACCGUCUCCUGUAUUUCUUUUAGAAGACUUUCGGAAUCUAGUCGCAUGUUUGCAAAUAAUGGUAAAUGGGGUAGCACAUGCACAGCAUAUUUUGAUUACAGACUAUGCAGAGGUCUUGUUGCCGAUUAAGGUUCUCUUGGAUGCAAAAAUCAAAGAAGAAAAACUAGAGCUACAAAGGUUGGUUAAGUUAUUCUGA